GGCCCGGACGCGCCGGCCCUGACCCCCAAGCGGAGGUCCUCUGGGUCCACCAAGGGCCGCCAGACUCCGAAGGCCGUUCCCGGGGAAAGAAAGGCUCUCCGUCUUUCCUUUAUCCUUUUCCUCCCUUAUUUCUUGACUUCCACCGCUCUAUCUUUACCCAAUUCAGUGAUCCACUUAUCGCGUAGCCCCCUAGCGGAACUUUGGUAUCCUCGGAACCAAUAUGCUGUAGUUGCGGAGGAGCGUUUUGGUAAAGAACCGCCAGUUCGGUCUGAAGGCGUGUUCGGCACAGUUCCGGCGGGAGAAUACGGGCGUGAGUGCGUUCUCUGCGUUUUCCGAUUAUGCGCCGACAGAAUUUUCGACCCCCGACUCCUCCUUACCCCGGCCCGGGUGUAGGAGGUUGGGGAGCUGGGAGCAGCUUCCGGGGUUCCUCGGGCGGAGGCGGACCGCGCCCGCCCUCCCCUCGGGACGGAUACGGGAGCCCUCACCACACGCCGCCUUACGGGCCCCGGUCUAGGCCCUACGGGAGCGGCCACUCUCCUCGGCACGGAGGCAACUUCCCAGGGGGCCGGUUCGGGUCUCCGUCCCCUGGCGGUUACCCUGGCUCCUACUCCAGGUCCCCCGCGGGGUCCCAGCAGCAAUUCGGCUACUCCCCGGGGCAGCAGCAGACCCACCCCCAGGGUUCGCCAAGGACAUCUACACCAUUUGGAUCAGGGCGUGGUAGAGAAAAAAGAAUGUCUAAUGAGUUGGAAAGUUAUUUUAAGCCUUCAAUGCUUGAAGACCCUUGGGCUGGCCUAGAACCAGUAUCUGUAGUGGAUAUAAGCCAACAAUACAGCAAUACUCAGACUUUCACAGGCAAAAAAGGAAGAUAUUUUUCUUAAUAUUUAUGAAAUUCAUCUGGAAGCGUCAUGUGUCAGGAACAUCUUGGACAAAACAUAUUUGUGUAAUUAAGUUGAACUCUAAGAUGGUGACUUUGAAUAAUUAGUUGGGGCUUCAUAUUUUUCAUUAUAUGAAGUACUGGUAUAUUAGAGAAGACAUGAUAGGAUAAUUUGCAAUAUUAAGCUCUCUGGAAGUGCCUACCACAUUUUAGAAGAUUUACAGUUUCCAGAUAUUUAACGUUCUUUCCUAUGUGAUGGACUUUUGUCUUUCAAUGUUUUUCUAAUGUUUUGAAAUAAAACAUUUUAUCUU